GAUGGCCACGCCCAUUAAUUUGAAUAAGCGAUUCUGACUGGAGGACACUGCUGCAUCCGGGGACACGUUGAAAAGUGAAGUAAUUGUCGACUGUUCCUUGAAAUACUUGUUGAAAGGUGUCGGUUUCUAAAAUUUGUGUUUUGUGUAUCGCUGAAUUUCUGUUAAAUAGGCAAAACUGUGCUAUAAAACCAAGAGUUAAAGAGCGCCGCUACUUUAAUCAAUCAUUUGUCUCACUGAAAAGAUUCAAAUACAGCUCUUCUGUAGCAGAAUGCCUUCCACAGCCCUGGCCUUCGUGUGCAUUGUGGUCCUGCGUAUGGCUGUGGCUGCAGACGACUACUACGACGUUCUUGGUGUCCCGCGUUCCGCCUCAAACCUCCAGGUCAAAAAGGCUUUUCACAAGCUGGCGAUGAAAUACCACCCUGACAGGAACAGCAGUCCUGAUGCUGAAGCCAUUUUCAGAAAAAUUGCAGAAGCAUAUGAGGUGCUGUCCAAUGACGCGAAGAGGAGGAACUAUGAUGAAGUUGGCCAUAAGGUCUUUGUGACAGAUGUCAAGGAUGAAGAUGAGGAGCGGUUUUUCUUCUUUGACUUUAAUGAACUGUUUCAAAGCCUGUUUGAAGAUGACCAGUAUUACAGUGUACCCGAGGACCCUUGGGAAUUCCACUCAAUGGAUGACGGUGCGGAUCAUGAGUGUCAGAAUUUUUUUUGACAGUGACACUUUUGAAUUUAUGGGAGCCACUUUUAAAGAUCCAUGUUGAUUGUUGUUGCAUGGGAUGCAGCACAGUCCAGAAUUCUGCAGUAUACAAACAAAUGGCAUGGUAACAGUAU